AUGUCGCUCACCAAGACUCUGAACAAGCGUGUUCCCGAGCCUGUGACCAUUCUCGGCCGCCCAUUGGUCAUCUGGUUCGAUCGGGUGUCUGACCAAUGGCGGGUCUUCCAUGACCUCUGCCCUCACAGGCUAGCCCCGCUAUCAGAGGGGCGGAUCCAUGAAUCAGGGCAGCUGCAGUGCUCCUACCACGGAUGGACGUUCUCAGGAGAAGGCUCGUGCGGGCUCAUUCCUCAGGCUCCUGCAGAUGGACCAGCGGUGAACGCCUCCCCUCGAGCAUGUGCGCGGGUGUACCCCAGUCGGGUGCAUGAAGGCAUCAUCUGGUUCUGGCCGGACUGCUCGCCCUCCGCUGCUGCUGAAGCAGCUGCUGCCCCGCCUCCCCCAUCCCUCCCUGAGUUUGGUGAUCCAAGCUUUCGAUACGACACGGGCAUGGCAGACCUAGAAUAUGGCUACGAGAUGCUGAUGGAGAAUCUGCUGGACCCAGCGCAUGUGCCCUUCGCGCAUCACAAGUACCAGGCGGAUCGUAACAAGGCGGGGCCACUACCGUCCAUGGCGGUAACCAGCAUCACCGCACGGGGCAUCGAGGGCACCAGCUUUGUGGGCAGCGGCCUAGCUGCUGUGGUCCCUCCCUGCACGCUCAUUCAGAAGCUGCUCAUCGGGGGGAAAGUGCCAGAGGGGUCGGGCAAGAAGCAGCGGACGGCAAUUCUCUUCUUCCACUGCAUUCCCCGCUUGCCGGGGCAGAGCCGCCUCAUCUGGUUCUUCAUGAACAACAUCAUCCCCCCCUGGGUGCCCAUGCCCCCGGAGUGGUUCGUGCACUUGACACGGAUGAAAGUGCUAGACACUGACCACCCGUUGCUGCACCUCACGGAGCGGCGGCUGGAGGAGGAGGGAGGGGCAGAGCAGGGGGUAAAGAGCUACUACACUCCAACAUCGGCGGACUCAUUUGUCUCGGCCUAUCGCUCCUGGCUGCUCAGAUUUGCGGGCGGCAAGGCCCGCUUUCCUGCCUACGUGAAUCCGGAACUGCCUCCUGCCAAGUCGAGGCGGGAGAUUCUUGACAGGCAGCGCUUCCACGUGCGGCUGUGCCCCGACUGCCAGCGAAACUCGGAGGAGAUGCUCUUUUCUUCCCUCUCCCCACUCUAUGCCCUCUACCCCUCUCCUCCCCUUAAACAUCUCCACCCUCGCCAACACUGCAGGCAGCGCUUCCACGUGCGGCUGUGCCCCGACUGCCAGCGAGUGCAGCGCUGGUCUGACCGCCUCUGCACUGCCCUCUGGGCCGCGUCCCUCCUCCUCCUCGCCGCCACCGCCCUUCUUCCCAUCGCCCCGCUUGCCAUUCGGCAAGCUGCAGGCCCCAUGGGUGCUGUUUUUGCAGCGGCAGCUGCGAUGGUGUGUGCAGCUGCUGCCCACUGGCUGAAGGGAUUCAUCGAGAGGAAUUAUGUGUAUGAGGACUUUGUUCAUGCGCUUUGGUACCCUGCGAAGAAGUAA